CGUCCGCCGCGCUGCAGCAGCUCCGACUCCAGACCUACGGAAUAGACGUGUCCAUAAGCUUUCCAAAGGGCCACAAGAUGUCACGAUAGCUUCGGCCGAUUCAACUUCCCAAGUACCAAGCACAACAGGUGCGCCCGACGCGCAGAGAGCCUUGCCCAUCAUGCACAACUCCCUCAACCGCCUGCAGUCGGUCUUUGGCUUCUUCACCACCGUCGCAUUCACACUGGGCUGCCUCAUCGCCCUGACAGACCUCUGGGCCGAGCGCACGCCCAGCGGCGUCAUCAAGGCCACAAACACACAAGUAGUCAAGGGCAGGCCCCAUUACUACUCGUCCAAGAAGGAAGAAUACGCCAUCAUCAAGUUCUCCCUCGACGCCGACCUCUCCUCCCUCUUCACAUGGAACACCAAGCAACUCUUCGUCUACGUCACCGCCGAAUGGCCUGCGCCCGAGGCCGGCAUGAACGCCACCAAUGAGGCCGUCAUCUGGGACUCGAUCAUCACCAACCCCAGCGCCGACCACCUCGUCAACCUGGGACCCAUUGGCAAGAAGAAGCUCAAGGCGAGCGCCGGCGGCAAGAGCAUCGCGCCCGAAAGGGGCCUGCUGAAGCUCAAGAACCAGAAGCCAAAGUACCAGAUCUCCCACCCGAGCGGCAAGAUUGCGAGCGCAGAGGAUGUCACCCUCAAGGUGCACUACAACGUGCAGCCCUGGUUUGGGCUGUUGACAUGGAACACACAGUCGGACAUUGGCCGAUGGAAGUCGUUCGCGGGGGGCGUCAGUGACCAAUUCUCGUUGCCUGCCGUCAAGGUCAAGGAUGACAAGAAGAAGCCGUAGAGUACGUGGGAAUGGCGUUCACCUGGAAGGUCUGCGCAUGGAGGGCGUUAUGCAAAUGGCAAUUGUUUUUUUAUUAUUUU